AGCAUUUCAUAACGACUUCAUUUCCACAGUCAUCAACCGUGUCCUUUUUCAUGAUACUUCGACUUCCGAAUACUGGACGCCAGAGUCGGGACGCCAGAGUCGGGACUUUGCUUGCCACCCGUGCAGAGAAUAGAUCCUGUUGCCACACAUGCGUCGAAUCGGAUAGAAUCACAUCUCCAUCCGCGCCUCCCCGUCCCUCUCUUCACUGCCUCUACGACUACACAGUAUCGCCGAAUCUAACAACCUCCUUUGUCUAUGCUGCUGAUUGAGCAUAUCGCGACCAAAUGAUCUUUCACUCGUGAAUACAACGCAACACUUACUCCGGCUAAAUCACAAUGGGAGACAAUUUUGACGUAAGAUUGUUAAAGCGCAGCGUUGGGGCGACGCGGAGGAACCGGUCCAUCAAAACUCUCUACGGGGAUAAGACCUGGGUUGAUGAUCUCGAUAUCGUCAACGAACUGGGAGCACAUACCGGAUGUGUCAAUGCAUUGAGUUGGUCUACCAGUGGUAAUCUGCUAGCCUCGGGCUCCGAUGAUACCUACCUGAACAUCUGGGGAUACAACCCUGCGGGCGACUCUAAACCCUUUUCGCUAAACACGAGCGUGAGCACCGGUCAUCAUGCCAAUAUCUUUUCGGUCAAGUUCAUGCCACACUCGAGCGAUCGGACCGUGGUGACCUGCGCAGGAGACUCCGAGGUACGCGUGUUUGACUUGGAAUAUGCUGGCACAACGCAGAGUGGCUCGACUGAUUCGGGCUUUUCUGCAAGCACAAGAAGUCGGAGGUUCAAUAAUUUCUUCCGGAAUGCGCGCUGGCUAAGCGAAGGCAACACCAAUGCUCGGGUAUAUCGAAGUCAUGCGGAUCGUGCCAAGAGGAUUGUUACCGAGUCCAGCCCAUACCUCUUCUUGACUUGUUCGGAGGAUGGCGAGGUACGACAGUGGGACUUGAGACAGCCUUCCUCAGCAUAUCCUGCUCCUCGAGGAGGCCGCGGCUUUGGACGGUUUCGUGGCAGCACCGAGGCUGCGACCGGAGACACGCCACCACCACUGAUCUCGUACAAGAAAUAUGCCUUAGACCUGAACACUAUCUCUUGUGCAGCCAGCCAGCCACAGUACAUUGCACUCGGCGGAGCUCAUCUCCACUGUUUCCUACACGACAGACGCAUGCUGGGUCGAGAUCUCGAUGCUGAGCAGGGUCGUUCCGCUGCUCGCAACCCCGUCGUCGGCACCUACGAAGAUGAGUCCAUGUCCGAGGCUACGAGAUGCGUGAAAAGAUUUGCACCGAACAAUAAGCGCAAAAUGGGCGUGAGCGACCAUGGCCAUAUCACAGCCUGCAAAAUUAGCGAUGCCAACCCCAACGAGAUGAUUGCCUCGUGGUCUGGUGACUAUGUCUACAGCUUCGAUAUCGUCAAGUCCCCGGAUGCUAGAGAGGCUGAUGCCAGAGCAGACAAAGCUUUUCAGGCUACAUUGCUCCGCAAUCGAUCCGACCGUAAGAGGAAGAGAGCCAAGGGUAAUGCGUCUUCUACCAGUCUGGCGCAUGCCGCCAAACCGACUCGACGUCUACGAAGAGUUCCAGAUUAUCGAUCCGAAGAGGGCCACACCGCUCUUCUGGCCAGAUACAGUGAUGGCGACUCAGAGCUGAUUCCAAUUCCAUCAGGCGAGUCAGCACGAGCUGUCGAAUCGGCUUCUCCCAAUGAUCUCCUCCUUUCGGAAGCCCAAAAAUCUGCCGAGCGCGUGGCAAGAUCACUAGUUCAACUCCGGAAGACCUUGUUUGACUUCUCUGCUGCAUUUACCCAGGAUACGGCUGCUGCCAUGGAGAAUGCCUCAGAUCUGACUCCUCAUACAGGCUCAUUCACCACUGCCUUGGGUCAAUGUGCGUCCCUGUUACCACAAAUGGACGAGAUAAUUCGUACAUGGUCUUAUCCAGUCAACCCCAGUGAAGAAGAUGUUACCCUACAAAAUACUCUAAGAAGAAAUCGGCAAGCAACUUGGCGUUUUGUCCAAGCAGCAGGCUGCCUUGCACGUAGUCUUGGUGGUCGUCUGCAGAGUCUCAAUUCUGCCCCUGAUAUCCGACUCCUGCAAUUCGACAAGAUUAAACCUGCCGCACAUGAAGGUAGGAGCAUUAGCAGAGGCUUCCAAUUUUGCUACGAUUUCCUCAAAGCCAUUCUUCUAUGGUUGGAUGGUGGACAAGAAGCUGUGCUGCAAGGAUUCAAGAGACCCGCCCACAUCAGCGCCGAGAGUCCUCGAUUUCCGCUUGACAGCGAUGACACUCUGCAGACCUUUGUGCCGAAGCUGGAGGCGUAUCUUGCCGACCUUGCAGACGACAAUGCCCCCAUCGUGGACAUCGACGCAAACCGUUUCGAGCGCGAUGAAACCCGCGUCGUAUUCCAGAGCCAGUCAUCGGCUUUAAAAGCGUUCGUAAGAGUUCUCGGAGGCAUUCGCCUUGAGUCCAGCCAAGGGAUGUCCACGUCGGCUGAUCCCACUGAUCCUGGUAGUAUUGUCCGAGUCAUGGACAAAGGAGCUGCAGCAAGAUUUUGGGGGUUGAAGGUAGGCCGUUCAUUGCUCAUGCGUGCUGGCGAAGGUAUUACAUUUGACUUUGUGAAUCGGGCCUUUGGUGGGCUGAGAUUUCACGUUCUUCCGGAAGCAGAAAGUGAAGAGCGGCCACAAGAGGACAUCGAUCCUGAAGAAAGGGAACGGAUCGUGGAAUCCCUAGACGUCAUCACCAGCCUAGAUAUCCCGGCGCAUCAACACCGGUCUGGUUCUUCCACGGAAUCACCGCAGACUGCACGUGAGAAUACCGAAGGGUCAAGUCGGUCCGAUGUUGAAAUGAGCACGCCUCCUACGGUCCACGUCGAGGAUGCCGACGAAGAUGAUAACGAGCACGUAGACGAAGAUGACGAAGACAACAACGAAAACGAGGACUCCGAACCCGACUCUGACAAUGAUGAGGACGACGAGGCUGACUUCGCUGAACUUUUUCAUCGUCGUACCGGGUUUGGACGGUCCCAUGAACGUGCUUUGGUCAACCUGCACGUCCCGUACUCUUCCCAUACCAGAGUCUACAAAGGUCAUUGCAACGCACGCACCGUCAAAGACGUCAAUUACUACGGUCUGAAUGACGAGUACGUUGUCAGCGGCUCGGAUGAUGGUAACUUCUUCAUCUGGGAUAGGAAAACAUGCAAAAUUCUCAACAUCCUAGAAGGCGACGGCGAGGUGGUGAAUGUGGUUCAAGGACAUCCGUACGAACCUAUGAUAGCUGUCAGCGGCAUUGACAGUACGGUGAAAAUAUUUGGCCCCGGGGCGGACAGCCGCGAACGAUACAACGCACAGCGAGGCAUCGACGUUGCAAACCCAGGUGGAGGCGUACAUAGCUCGCUACGACUAGGACGCCAAAGAAGUUCUCGACGAAUGCGACAUGAUGAUGACGACGACGACGACGAGAGUGACAUCGAGGAGGAUAAUGGGGGUCUUGAAAGCCGACGGGCGAUGCAUCGGGAGUAUGAGAUCACUAGCCAGAACGACGUUGAACGGAGACGGGGUGCAGGAGAUACAAUCGUCACGGUAGGUACCAUAGAAGAGCUAUUGGUCAGGGCAUGGUUCAGGUCUAGCUUGAAUCUGAUUUGAGCGAAUUGUUGCUGACAUCCACGGUGUCAUGCAGGAGGGAAUGCUUGCUAGAUUUGCCAUGGCAAUACAACGAGGCCAGAUUGAAGCUAUCGGCGAUCAAGGCUUUGGUGGCCAAGGCGGGACCAUUGUGGUUGACGACAAUUGCGAGGUUAUGUGAUACUCGUCUUACAUCAGCGCGCGAUCGCGAACGCGAACCUAAAUGGAGGGCUACUUUCUUCAAGGGUUGGAGUUCGCACAAAGGAGUUGGCCGCCAGAAGGAAAUCCUCGGUUGCAGGAGCAAUUCUAGGGAAUACCCAUGGGGAAGAGUUGUGGCAAUUGAUUGCGUCUGCUUGACCCAACUACUAUGCACACUAUUCCAUUGCACAGACAGCGAGGGCAUGCAGAUAUCCUGCCGAGAAGGGUACCUGUUGAUUGAGAGCAUCUGUCUGGUGCUCAGGAUACUGGAGAACAGUUGAGCUGCCCAUCAUUGCCCCAUUGUGCGAUGGCGGUGAUCUGGUAAUGAUAAUAACCAUCAACCAUCAACCAUCAGCCAUCAGCCAUCAUGCUCUUGUAUCCAAGUAUUGCCAAAGCCAAAGCAUACAUAGACCAGUCGUGACCAG